CUCUCUGGCUGCACUCGACAUUUUUUUGAGAGGCUCUGCUUUCCUGGCCCUUAUGGUCUCCACCGAUUAGCAGGGGGUGGGAGUCAGCUUGUCCCAGAGGUCCUCCCUCCGCUGAAGAGCCCGACAAGACGACAUGGCUCCCAAGAAGCCUGAGCCUAAGAAGGAGGCAGCCAAGGCCCCAGCCCCGGCCCCAGCCCCGGCCCCGGCCCCUGAGCCACCCAAGGAACCUGCCUUUGACCCCAAGAGUGUAAAAAUAGACUUCUCUGCUGACCAGAUUGAAGAGUUCAAAGAGGCCUUCUCAUUGUUUGACCGGACCCCCACUGGAGAGAUGAAAAUCACCUACGGGCAGUGUGGGGAUGUGCUGCGGGCUCUGGGCCAGAACCCCACCAACGCCGAGGUGCUGCGUGUCCUGGGCAAACCCAAAGCCGAAGAGAUGAAUGCCAAGAUGCUGGACUUCGAGACAUUCCUGCCCAUCUUACAGCACAUCUCCCGCAACAAGGAGCAGGGCACCUACGAGGACUUCGUGGAGGGGCUGCGGGUGUUUGACAAGGAGAGCAAUGGCACGGUCAUGGGUGCUGAGCUGCGGCACGUGCUGGCCACCCUGGGGGAGAAGAUGACUGAGGCUGAAGUGGAACAGCUGCUGGCCGGACAGGAGGACGCCAACGGCUGCAUCAAUUACGAAGCCUUUGUCAAACACAUCAUGUCUGGGUGAAGCAGACUCUUC